GUUUGACAGCAGGGUUUCACUGUGCACUUGGCUGCUGAAAACAGCUGCACAGGAGGACCCAUGAUGCAGCGCGAGCUCUUCUCUCAGUGUUCUAUUCUGGUACUAGUAUUACAUCCAUAAUAAUGGUAGCAAGAACGGAUUCUUAGACACCCUGAUGUGCAAUUUACUGAGACGGGGAGAAAGGGAAGCUGUAGCCAGGCCUCAAAAUGACCACCGGGUUCAGCUCCAACUCUUGCCGAUUCGCAGACUACUUCGUCAUCUGCGGGCUGGAUACUGAAACCGGUCUGGAGCCGGACGAACUCUCCGCAUUAUGCGAGUUUAUACAGGCUUCUAAAUUGAGAGAUGGGGCCGGACGUUUUACUGCGAGUGGUGAUGAAGGGGAGAAUUUUGAGCAGAGCCCUUUAAGGAGAACGUUCAAAUCCAAGGUGUUGGCUCACUACCCUGAGAAUGUGGAGUGGAGUCCUUUUGACCAAGAUGCUGUGGGAAUGCUCUGCAUGCCCAAAGGCCUUUCCUUCAGGACCCAGGCUGACAACAAAGACCCUCAGUUCCAUUCCUUCAUUAUCACCCGGGAGGAUGGCUCCAGGACUUACGGAUUUGCUCUUACCUUCUACGAGGAGGUCACCAGUAAACAGAUCUGCAGUGCCAUGCAGACCCUGUACCACAUGCACAACGCGGACCAGUAUGACAUCCUCCAUACCUCACCCAGCGCCGGGAAAGACAGCGCCAGCAACGGGACGUCCAUGACGAAACUGCAGCGGUUCAACUCCUACGACAUCAGCAGAGACACGCUGUACGUCUCCAAAUGCAUCUGCUUGAUUACGCCCAUGUCCUUCAUCCAGGCUUGCAGAAAAAUACUGCAGCAACUCCACCAAGCUGUGACUUCCCCCCAGCCGCCCCCCCUGCCGCUGGAAAGCUACAUCUUCAACAUCCUCUACGAGGUUCCCCUGCCUCCCUCCGGCAGAUCUUUGAAAUUCUCAGGUGUAUACGGACCAAUUAUAUGCCAGAGGCCAAGCACCAGUGAACUGCCGCUCUUUGACUACCCUGUUAAUGAAGUGUUUGAGCUUUUGGGCGUGGAGAACGUCAUACAGCUCUUCACCUGCGCUCUGCUGGAGAUCCAGAUACUGCUGUAUUCCCAGCAUUACCAGAGAUUGAUGACGGUGGCGGAGAGCAUCACAGCCUUAAUGUUUCCAUUCCAGUGGCAGCACGUCUACGUUCCCAUUCUCCCUGCCUCGCUCCUGCAUUUCCUGGACGCCCCUGUACCUUACAUGAUGGGCUUGCACUCCAACGGACAUGACGACAGGUCCAAACUGGAGCUCCCCCAGGAGGCCAACCUGUGUUUUGUGGACGUCGACAACCACUUCAUUGAACUGCCCGAGGACUUGCCGCAGUUUCCCAACAAACUGGAAUUUAUUCAGGAAAUCUCCGAGAUCUUGAUGGCUUUUGGAAUACCUCCAGAAGGGAACUUGCACUGUAGUGAAAGUGCCUCCAAGCUGAAAGGUCUCCGGUCCAGAAACAUCGCUUCUGACAAGCGCAAUGGGAACAUUGCAGGCUCCCCUAUGAACUCCCCUAUGAGCAGCCUGCUGAAGGAAAACAAGACCAUAGCCAGGCUGCAGGCUCUCGUCAAAAGAACUGGCGUCAGCUUAGAGCAGCUCGAGCUGAGGGAUGAGGAGGAGGCGAGCAGCAACAAGGACCUGAAAGUGCAGUGUGACGAGGAGGAGCUCCGGAUGCACCAGCUCAACAUCCAGCUGCGAGAGGUCUUUGCCAACCGAUUCACGCAGAUGUUCGCAGAUUACGAGGUGUUUGUGAUACAGUCCAGUCAGGACAAGGAGUCCUGGUUCAGCAACAGGGAGCAGAUGCAAAACUUCGAUAAAGCCUCCUUCCUGUCUGAUCAGCCCGAGCCGUACCUGCCUUUCCUCUCCAGAUUCCUCGAGACACAGAUGUUUGCUUCCUUCGUCGACAUGAAAAUCAUGGGCCACGAUGACGAGGAUAAGGACCCCAUCAUGAGGGUCUUUGACUCGAGGGUGGAUAAGAUCCGCAUGCUGAACGUCAGGACCCCAACGCUGCGGACCUCAAUGUACCAGAAGUGCACAGCGAUAGACGAAUCCGAUGUGCUUCUUAAAAAGAGGUUUGAGAAUAUUGAUCUGAUAGCCCCGGUACCCCAUCCUAUUGGAUUGGAGAACUAUAAGGCUCACCUUAAAAAAGCCAUAGAAAUGAGGCUGGCAAAGAUUGAUCACACUGCGCUGCAUCCACACCUGCUGGACAUGAAGAUUGGGCAAGGGAGAUAUGAACAUGGAUUCUUCCCCAAACUGCAGUCGGAUGUACUGUCUGCAGGACCGACCAGCAACAAAUGGGCAAAGAGGAGUGCUCCUGCACAGUGGAGGAGGAAGGACAGACAGAAACAGCAUGCUGAACACCUGUACCUGGUCAAUGAUCAGAGAGAGCAUGAGGAUUUUCUCAUCUCAGAGCUGCCGUUGCUGUUUCAUUUAGAAUGGGGCUGGCAUGAGCAUCCUCUCAGGCUGUCAGUCAAAUCUGUGUCACAGUUUGAUCUGAAGUACAUUCAAGAAGCAAGAAACCUGGGAACUACAAUUCGCCAACCAAAGCUGUCCAACCUCUCCCCUUCUGUGAUUGCUCAGACCAACUGGAAGUUUGUGGAGGGGUUGCUGAAGGAAUGCAGAAACAAGACAAAGAGGAUGCUGGUUGAGAAAAUGGGUCGAGAGGCGGUGGAGCUGGGGCAUGGGGAGGUCAAUAUCACAGGGGUGGAGGAGAACACACUCAUAGCCAGCCUGUGUGAUCUGCUGGAGAGGAUAUGGAGCCAUGGGCUGCAGGUCAAACAGGGUAAAUCUGCCUUGUGGUCCCACAUGUUGCAUUAUCAAGAAAGCAAAGAGAAAAAAGAAGCCACUUCAUUGGGCUUGAGUACCUCAGGCCUCAUCCAUGACCCUGAGAGGAGGAAAUCCGACACUGGGCUUGUGAUGCCACCACUCAAGGUCUCGCUCAUAAAGGAUAUGAGGCACGUCCAGAAUAUCAGUGAGAUCAAAACUGACGUUGGCAAGGCCAGGGCCUGGGUCCGGCUCUCCAUGGAGAAGAAGCUGCUGUCCAGACACCUAAAGCAGCUCCUCUCUGACCACGAGCUGACAAAGAAACUGUACAAACGCUAUGCCUUCCUGCGGUGUGAUGAUGAGAAAGAGCAAUUCCUGUACCACCUCCUCUCGUUCAACGCAGUGGAUUACUUCUGUUUCACCAACGUCUUCACAACAGUCUUGAUCCCAUACCAUGUGCUAAUUAUUCCCAGCAAGAAGCUGGGAGGCUCCAUGUUUACAGCCAACCCCUGGAUCUGUAUCUCCGGAGAGCUGUCUGAGACGGGAGUCCUGCAGAUCCCCAAAAACAACCUGGAGAUGACCUUUGAGUGCCAAAACCUUGGGAAACUGACAACAAUACAGAUUGGACAUGAUAACUCAGGGAUCUAUGCUAAGUGGCUGGUAGAAUGGGUCGUGGUCAGAAAUGAAAUAAGUGGACACGCAUACAAGUUUCCGUGUGGGAGGUGGCUCGGGAAGGGAGUGGACGAUGGAAGUCUGGAGAGAAUCCUGGUGGGAGAGCUUGUAACCCCCAGCAGUGAGAAUGAUGAGCGGCUGUGCCGGACACCACCCAUGCAGCAGUCCCCCAGCAUGAUCAGGAGAUUCGUUACUAUAUCACCAAACAGCAAACCAAAGUUAAAUACAGGGCAGAUCCAGGAGUGUGUGGGUGAAGCGAUCAAUGGUAUUGUCAAGCAUUUCCAUAAACCUGAGAAAGAGAGGGGUAGCCUAACACUGCUGCUGUGUGGGGAGUUUGGUCUGGUCUCAGCCUUGGAGCAGGUGUUCCAGCAUGGGUUCAAGUCUCCCCGGCUCUUCAAAAAUGUCUUUAUUUGGGAUUUAUUAGAAAAAGCACAGGUAUAUUUUGAGAGUCUUGAUCAGCAGGAAAUGAACCAAGAUGAGAACUGGCAGACGAGAGCAAGAAACUUCUGUCGAUUCAUGGGUGCCAUUAACAGAACCCCAAGGAGCAUUGGGAAGGAUGGCAAGUUUCAGCUGUUGGUGUGCCUAGGAGCCAGGGAUCACCUGUUGCACCACUGGAUUGCACUUCUCGCUGACUGCCCAAUCACUGCACAGAUGUAUGAGGACAUGGCUCUGAUAAAAGACCACACUCUUGUGAACUCCCUUAUCAGGGUGCUACAGACACUGCAGGAGUUUAACAUCACUUUGGAGUCUUCUCUGGUCAAAGGCAUAUGUAUCUAGGGGGCGUGGCUACACCAAGCACCUCAACCAAUGGGAACAAUAGCGAAUCCUUCAAAUAGAAUUACAUUUUUUUGUCAUGCAAGAGAGACUUCAACAGGGGACUUUUUUUUUAAAGCUACGGUAUUUUUUGCCACAUAUAAAGUGCAAUGAGCCUUUUAAAAUGCGUAAUGUUUGUCGUGAAACAUGCCAAGCUGUUACAAGCUUUUUAUUUUGUGCAGUAACCCUUUAUGCCCUCUUUUAUGUUUACCAGUAGCUUCUGUUUUUGUGAAUUGAUGAUAACAGCUGUGUUAAAACGCAAUGUUAAUAUAUUUUAAAAAAAAGAACAGUAUUAUUUUGAUAUGUUUGACCAGUUGCACUAAUGUUGAAACUUUACGAUCCAAGUUAACAGUCACAGUCAGAAAGCUGAGCUCUAAGCAAAUCAGUUAGAAGUAUACUUUAUAAGUACUAAUGAUGAGGGGAUAGGAUUUUGAAUUUAUACAAAUAUAAAUUGAAAAAUAGUUUUAUAUACCUUCCAAUAUAAAUGUACGGAUUUAAUGAGUGUCCAACGUAUCUUAUUAAGCUUUCGUAUUUUAUUUAAAAUAUAUUCAUCAAAAAACUAGAUUGAAAUCCUUGUAAAGUGUUUUCUUCACUUUUGUCACAAUUUGCAUCAUAUAAUUUAAUAAGGGAACCCCUCAGUGUAAAAGUACACUGUUAUUUUUGUAAUGUGUUUACUGUACAGAUACCUAACCCAUUCAUUUUUCUUCUGAAAUGACUGUUUUCUGAUUCAUACACAAUACAAGCAUUGAAAAGAAGAUUUGGUUCAACUUCUUUAAAGUGAGUUGUUUUUGGUGAGUUUUCUGUUCACUUCUCAGUUCUCAAGGUCAUCCAAAUUUCUAUUUGUAUCCCACGUUUCUGAACUUUUGAAUUAUGACGUGUUUUACCGACUUUCUCACUAUUUUAGGUCUAGGCCUUAAAUCUGAUUGCUGCUUGUUGCCAUUUUGCAGACCACACUCAUGGAGUUAUGUAAUAUAAAAUGAUGAAUAGAUGUUAGCCUUCAAAAAGUGUUUAUAUUCUUAACAAAUGUAGUUGCAUAAUUUAUGUACUGUAAAUAUUUGAGUUAGAGCAGAAGGCAACCUCUGUGACUACGUUUCAUGUGACUGCGUUUGUCAACACAUUUAUAAAGAGACAUGCAGGAUUAUUAUUCAAACCUGAGCCUUUCGCUUCCCAUUCUAGUACUUUAAAUGCUGGGAUAUGAAGCCCUGGCAAAUUAUUAAGCUAUGUAUUCAAUAUGGGCCCUAUUCUCACUUGGUUUACACACUAUUUAUAUAUGGUAUUGUAUUUACCAUUCAUGGGCAUGUAAACCCUUCUUCCAGCGUGUAAACCAAGUCAGAACAGACCCCUAUGUGAAUAUCUACAUUACAUACACUGCCCAGGUGCUGAAGGAAAACUCCAUCAAAACAAUGCCCCCUAUAGGAUUGUCACUGCCUGUGCUAUGCAAUACAGUUUAAAGACAAACUCUUUUUUUUUUUUGUUAGAAAUAAAUGCUUGGAUAAUGCUGCUAUUCCAUCUGCCUUCAAAUGGCAGAUAUUGUACCAGCUUAAAAUGAUAAGUCAAUUGGAGCAUUUCUUAUCGUUAUAUAAUUAAGCUAUGUUCUGUAGUGUAAUAUAUGAUGUGGUUUAAUGUGUACAGUGUAUAAAAUGUAAUACAAUUAAAAAAAAAACAUGGGUGAUAAUGUCUGUAUGUAAAACUGUAUUGUAUAUUUUUACAUGAUGAACUUGCUCCAGUACAUGCUGUAGAUUUCAGCUCACAAUGUUACCUGGGGGGUGGUUUUAUAGAAGGAGAUAUUUUUUAUCUUUUAACUCCUGUGGGUUCUAUCAAUAUUAAUAAUGAACUGUAGCUCUGUGCUAUACAGAUGGUCUUCAGUAGUAACACAUACACUUUAAACUGUCCUUAUAAAUAAAUGGUAAACAUUUCCUAA